ACACCGAACGUCCCCUGGGCUGGGUAAUCGAUUGUCUGAGACUCGCUCUUCUGCCUGUGGAAGAAGAAGAAGAAGACGAAGAGGAGGACGAAUAAAAUGGCAACGACUAGAGAAAUGCUGGGCUCUCCAUGGAAAGUUCAAGCGCGGCAUAGUAGAACAGGCUGCUUCUCAUGGUCGAUAUCAUAUGUAACUGCUGAAAAUUUCCAAGUUUAGAAUCCUUUCAUUUUCUUGUUUUUUGGCCCAUCUUGAUACUGCUGAAAUCCGAAGCUCCCGUCAAUGGAAAAGAAGGGCUAAGCUUUUGCACUGCCUUGCUCUUGUGCCCAAGCAUCCGGCUUGCCAUUUUUGUUUCUAGUUGUGAGUGAGGAUGGUGUCCAUCUGGCUGGGACACGAACAUGAAUAGAACUAAGUGUUUCAAGUACAUCCGAGAUUUUCAGUCACGGGAGGAAUCAGAAAGUUGGUGCAAAGGCCAUGGAGGACACUUGGCAGCGCUGGCUUCAAAUCAAGAUCUUGAUUUUGCUCUAAGGUUGUGUGGCCAAAGUACCGAUGGCUGUUGGGUUGGUGGUAGAGGAACAAACUCUAGUGUUGGUUUUACAUGGAAGUGGUCAGAUAAUACAACUCAUUGGAGCCAGUCACUAUUUGGUGCUGUGGUCUUCCCAUCAAACUGUGGCAACACAUCAUGCCACAAUAAUACUGCUGUUGAUUUAUGCACCUUGCUGACUAAUGGAAGUACAAUUGUCAUGGGAGAGAGAUGCAAUGCAUCUCAUGCUUCUAUUUGUAUGGUGGACUCUGGCUUACACUCAAAACGCCAAAUGAGUGAAGAAAUGUUACCAUAUGCACUGCCACAGGGAGUAUCUCAUCAUUCUUGCAGUUGUCAGUGGACUAAAAAAAAAGGACUAAUCCUCUCUGCUACACUGGCUGUUGUGAUUUGGUUCCUUGUGUAUCGGAGCAGCAAGAAAAGUAGAAAGUCACGCAAAGUAUCUAAUCCAGCUGCAUCCGCCUUAGUUCCUCCAUCAUGGAAAGUUUUCACCAAAGAGGAACUCCAUUCUUUAACUAAGAAUUUUAGUGAGGGAAAUCGUCUUCAUGGUGAUGCAAAGACAGGUGGAACAUAUAGCGGGCUUCUACCAGAUGGAUCUAGGUUGGCUGUCAAGAGGUUGAAGAGGUCUAGUUUCCAGAGGAAGAAGGAGUUCUACUCUGAGGUUGGAAAGGCUGCAAGGCUUCACCAUCCAAACUUGGUGUCAAUCAAAGGUUGCUGCUAUGAUCAUGGUGAUCGCUACAUUGUUUAUGAGUUUAUUGUUAAUGGCCCUCUGGAUAGGUGGUUACACCACAUGCCGAGGGGAGGCAGAUGCUCGGAUUGGAAUAUGAGGAUGAAGAUUGCUACAACUCUUGCUCAAGGAAUCGCGUAA